AUGGCCAACUCGGAAAAUGAUACCCAACUUGAGGAAGAUCAGCAGGAACUAGAAAACCAAAUUGAUGAACAAGACAUAGAACAAAGCAUAUCACAAAUUUCUGAAAUUUCGCGAUCCUUCGAAACGCGACAGUCGGCAAAUCUAGAAAAUGAUAGUGCAACUGUUGUCCAAGCGUCUAGUAAACCCGUCGUCAACAAUGACGGUAGUAAUGCUUUGCCGGAAUGGGUCGAGAAGUUAGCUCGUCCAAAGCGACUGCAUUUGCAAGAAACACUUGCUAAUUUUGGAUCACAAAUGACGGAAGAAAAGGCAAAGAGAAUAAAGAUGUUCAUAGACAAUCUUGAAAAACCUCGAAACAAACGUAAUGCUGAAUCGGAAGCAGGAAAGGGCACUUUCAAAGUGUCAGAAAAUUCACAAAAGAUUUACGACGGGCUUCAAUCUAGUUUGCGACGGGUUGCGUUCGAAACAUUGGCCAACAGAAUUUAUGAUAAAAUUCCCGAAAUGAUUUUAAUGAUGGAACAAAGUCGCCCAAAAUAUGUAACACCGGAGAGGAAAGCUCUGCUCGAUACACUUGAGAGCACUCUGUACAGCUAUCUCGGUAAACCAGGAAACGAGCAUGAAAUGCGUGUUUUCCAGUACUUGCAUCACGGACUGACUUCGUUCGUAGAAAAUAUGAUUGAAUUUGUUCACAAAAAUCAAGAGGAAAGUAACGAAAAAAUUACAUCUGCAAAGUCACGUUUUGCGCCAACGGUCGAGCUGGCCCGAAAGGUGUACAAAAUCGCUCGUAAGCAGUGA